UUAAUUGUUGGAGAUUGGGAGCCGGUGGAUACAGUAGCUGCUGCUGAGAUGAUCAAGACUCGGCUUGAGUUUGUGAAAGCGUUUGUGUAUGAGAAUGGAUGGUCCAGAGACUGGCCUUUAGCUGCAGAUGGAGAGCGAAGGAAGCUACUCAAGGAAGUUAAGUUGCUUCUUGUGUCGUUUGAGGAGUGUAAGAUUCUUUCUUGUGGUGUUCGAGACUGGUUGAUGCGUUUUGUGAUUAGGCAUCUUGCACAGUAUGAAGUUUCAGAGUGCCGCCUAGUGGAAACACCUCAGAGUAUCUGCUUUUUGGAAUGUGGUGAGCUCAGUGAAGUUAUAGACCUUCUCAAGCUCAUCAAGUGUGAAAGGGAUGAUGGCGCAGAUGUGGUUAGCAGAGCAGUGGAUAGUUCAUUGGGUCGUGCUCGAGUUAAAGAAAAGAUUGAAUUCGAUGAUCAGUUUUCAUCUAUGCUUCUGGAUAAAAGACUGCUGAGAGGAGAGAUUUCUUCGUUUGAUGAUGAAGGGACAAUAGGUUUUUGUGGUGAGGAUGUUUACUACGCCAAGACACAUCCUCAGGGAGAUGAUUUCAUAACCUGGUUGCUUGACUUUCCUCUGAUAGAUGAGAGCUUUGAGUUUCCGAGAUCUAUCAGAGCAUACAAUCUUGAUAUAUGGGUUGCUGUUCUGAGAGCCAUUCACUUCACGUGUAGGGACUUGGGAGCCAAAUAUGCAAAGAAGUUGAAUAUCUUAGGUUAUGAUGCAUGUCUUGUCGACGCCAUAAACCUAUGUGUAUGCGAGAAUGAAAGGAGAAACAAUGUUCCGGAACAUGAAUGGAACAAAUAUGCAUAUCUUCUACACAAAGAAUGUGAAGAGCGUGGAACUAAGGAGCCUUACUGUUCUCUCAAUACACACAUGUUCCUGUGUGCAGUGAAAGAUGUUCUCGAAGAAGCAUCGCAUCCGACGUUUUAUUUCCCUGAUCUGGGAGAUUGUAUGAAACUUAUACAUGGGAAUAAAGAUGUCAGUGAUGAGAGAGUGUGGAAGUCCAUGGAUCUUCUGAGAUCAGUGGUCGCCAACAAGGUUCCGUUAGCCGAUUCAAAGAUUUUACUGGUUGAAAAUUCAAGGAUUAGUUUGCUAAAUGACCUCAUCAGGCUUUCUGUUUUUGACCACCGAUCUUAUAUCCUUAAUCUGCUGAAACGUUGCUUGCGGGACAAGUUAGAUGGAAUAGUAGAUAUGGAUACCAAAGCCAAGGUAGCUGCAGCAGGUGCAGAUCUUUUAUCCGAGAAAAGCCAAGAGAAGGAGAAGAAUUCAGGGUCAAAGAAAAGAAAACAUGGAAACAAGAAGAGAACUUCGACGAGCUUGUCUAGUCUUCAUGAUCCGAAGGUCAAACAUGAACAUCCUGUCAACCUUGAACCGGACGGUACGCAUCUAUCACUAGAAGAUGAUGUGGAAGAAAGUGCAGUGGAGCCAGAAUGUACCAAUGAGACGGCUAAAGAUAUGCAAACCAUGCCUGGACAGGAGUCACUGUCGAAACCUUUGGAGUCAGCACUUCGAGAAGGUCCAGCCAGAAGCAAUUUAGCUCUUGACAUGACGCUGAAGGCACUCUGUAACAUUAAGGUUCUUAAAGAGUAUUUGGUGCACAAUCGGAAUCAAUUUCCUGACAACAUGGAAGAACAAGUCCCUUUUGCACUAGGGAAUUUCUUUGCUGCUUUUGCCUCGAACCAGAUGAAAGAAGAGGGACUCUACAGUUACCUCCUCGGCAACGUACUUGCUUCCCUAGAAGAAGCUCAUUUAAUGUCAAGUAAUGCUUCUGAGCUGCUCGUAGCCAUCCUUGAGUUCUGGCCUUGCUGGAAAAUUCCAGAAAUACAAAGCGUGGUAACUCAUCUUUUUACAGUGGAAGAAUAUGAACGAAUGAGUUGUAGCAAAUGCAGAAAGAAGCCAAAUUAUCCAGAGCAGAGUUCUUAUGGCAUCGUUAUGGCUGCAGAUUCAAUCAGAGACUUGAAGUCUGCUUUUGGGAAAAUUAAGUUUGAGGACAUCCUUAAGGUGAUUCGAAUGGAAGAGAAAAUGUUAUGUGACAUUAAAACCGGAGGCUGUGGAAAGGCAAACUUUGUUCAUCACAUUAUAACUACACGCCCUCCUAUAUUCACAAUCGUUUUGGAAUGGGAGAAGGAUGAAACUGAAAAGGAAAUAUCUGAAACAACAAAUGCUUUGGAGUGGGAGAUAGAUUUGAGCACGCUAUACGAAGGCUUACAAGCAAACACAAAGUACCGGCUUGUGUCAAUGGUUGGUUGUGGUGGUGAAGACGGAGAACACAUUUGCAUGGCUUUUAAAAAGAAUCGGUGGGUUAGUUUCAGACAUGAAGCGUUAGCAAAAAAGGCUGUUGGUAGCUGGAAGAGUGUAGUCAAAUUCUGCGGAGAGACAAAGUUUCGGCCAGAGAUUCUGUUUUAUCAAGCUGUAUUAGGAAGUUCCGGCGAGAACUUUGAUGUAUAG